AUGUCGGCGGCCCGCGACGCCAGCGGCCACUUCCCCCUGCACCUCCUCGUGUGGAACAACGACUACCGGCAGCUGGAGCGGGAGCUGCGGGACCAGAAUGUGGAGGCUGUGGAUCCACGAGGUCGAACCUUACUGCACCUUGCUGUUUCUUUGGGACAUUUGGAAUCUGCUAGAGUCUUGCUCCGACAUAAAGCAGAUGUUACAAAAGAAAAUCGCGAGGGAUGGACAGUUUUACACGAGGCUGUGAGCACUGGUGACCCUGAGAUGGUGUACACGGUUCUUCAACAUCGAGACUACCACAACACGUCCAUGGCCCUCGAAGGCGUUCCUGAGCUGCUCCAAAAGAUUCUCGAGACGCCAGAUUUCUAUGUGCAGAUGAAAUGGGAGUUCACCAGCUGGGUGCCCUUGGUUUCCAGAAUAUGCCCAAAUGAUGUCUGUCGCAUUUGGAAAAGUGGUGCCAAACUGCGUGUUGAUAUCACAUUGCUGGGAUUUGAGAACAUGAGCUGGAUAAGAGGGAGGCGUAGUUUCAUAUUUAAGGGAGAAGACAACUGGGCGGAGUUGAUGGAAGUCAACCAUGAUGACAAAGUGGUCACCACAGAACACUUUGAUCUUUCCCAGGAAAUGGAGCGCCUCACUCUGGACUUGAUGAAGCCAACAGGCAGGGAGGUUGAAAGGCGGCUCACGAGCCCAGUCAUUAACACCAGCCUCGAUACUAAAAAUAUUGCUUUCGAAAGAACUAAAUCCGGAUUCUGGGGCUGGAGGACAGAUAAAGCAGAAGUUGUUAAUGGUUACGAAGCAAAGGUUUAUACCGUAAAUAAUGUGAGUGUGAUAACCAAAAUACGGACAGAACAUCUGACUGAGGAAGAGAAAAAGAGAUAUAAAGCGGACAGGAACCCACUGGAAUCCUUGUUGGGAACUGUGGAACACCAGUUUGGUGCGCAAGGGGACCUCACCACAGAAUGUGCCACUGCAAACAACCCCACAGCCAUCACACCUGACGAGUACUUCAAUGAAGAGUUUGAUCUGAGAGACAGGGACGUCGGAAGGCCGAAAGAGCUGACGAUCAGAACACAAAAGUUCAAAGCCACGCUGUGGAUGUGUGAGGAUUUUCCUCUCUCCCUCGUGGAGCAGGUCAUUCCCAUCAUUGACCUGAUGGCCAGAACAAGUGCUCAUUUCGCAAGACUCAGAGAUUUCAUCAAAUUGGACUUCCCACCUGGAUUUCCUGUCAAAAUAGAAAUUCCCUUGUUUCAUGUAUUAAAUGCACGGAUUACCUUUGGAAAUGUUAAUGGCUGUAGCACUGCUGAAGAAAUUCAAACUGUGGAAGGGACCCAGGCAGAUUCAGCUUCCCCGGUCACCAACUUUGAGGUUGAUCAGUCUGUGUUUGAAAUUCCUGAAUCUUACCAUGUCCAAGACAAUGGCAAGAACAUGCAUCUGCAGGACGAGGACUACGAGAUCAUGCAGUUUGCCAUCCAGCAGAGCUUACUGGAAUCCAGCAGGAGUCAGGACCUUUCAGGACCAGCUUCUAACGGAGGGAUCAGCCAGGCACAUGUCUACGAUGUCCAAUAUGAGAGGGCCAUCCAAGAGAGCCUCCUCACCAACUCGGAAGGCCUGUUCUCUGGUGCCUCCAAUGAGACAAGCCAUUUUGACAGUGAUUUGCAGCUGGCCAUGGAGCUCUCUGCCAAGGAGCUGGAGGAGCAGGAGCUGCGGCUGCGGGAGGAGGAGGCGGAGCUCCAGCAGGUCUUACAGCUGUCUCUCACCGAGAAAUAG